GCUGUUCGGACGGAGCUAGCUGAGGCAGCUAACAGGAAAACCCGUUAAAAUACAGAUCCGUGUACGUGAUGGACAAGAACACCACGCGGUACAAUGUGCAGCUGUACAUCUACGACCUGUCGAGAGGAAUGGCCCGCAGCCUCAGCCCCAUCAUGCUGGGAAAACAACUGGAUGGGAUAUGGCACACGGCUAUAGUGACGUACGGUGAGGAGUUCUUCUUCGGCGGAGAGGGGAUCUCCAGCUGUCCACCGGGUGGGACCAUGCUGGGACCUCCAGACACAGUGGUGGAGCUGGGUGAGACCGAAGUGUCCGAGGAAAUCUUCAUGGAAUACCUCUCGUCCCUGGGAGAGAGCACAUACAGAGGGGACAGGUAUCGUCUGUUUGAGCACAACUGCAACACCUUCACCAACGAGGUGGCUCAGUUCCUGACGGGCAGCACCAUCCCCUCCUACAUCACCGACCUUCCGUCCGAAGUCCUCUCCACACCAUUCGGCCAAUUACUGCGGCCCAUCCUGGACUCGAUCCACAUCGCACCACCAGGGGGCAACGUCAUCAACGGAGGCAGAAACGCCUAACCUGAGAGUCGCAGUGUCCGAGGUCACUUCCAUUGUAGUCAGUCACUAAUACGUCUCAAGUUUGUCUUUCUUUCUUUCUGUCUGUCUUUCUGUCCUUCUGUCUUUCUUUCUGUCUUUUCUUUACAGUAUUGGAAGCUAUAAUUGAUAGACAAAACCGCAAAUCUUAAAAUUAUUAUAUUUCUUCCUUAAAAUCCAGUGGGUUGGUGAAUUUGACUCCCUGCCUGCUUGAUGGAAUUUGAUGGUGCCUUGGUCAGUUGAAAUGUGAUGUGUUAAUGAUCAAUUGAACAGUUUUAAUUUCACCAGACCAUCAAAGUCUAUUAUAUCGAGAUUUGAUAAAACAAGGACGAUUUGAUGAGUUGCCUCCUCAAAGAGUUUUUUGAAGUAAAUGGCAACAUAUGUGUAUUUCUUUAUAGAUUUAACACAUUAAAAUACCUCUUAGCACAUUGGUGCAUUAAUAUAUAGUAUAAUAUAUAAUAAAUAUGGUUUGUUUAUAUAGCAACAUGUUAUUUAUGGUUUAGAGGUUGUUUAUUUAAUGAAGUUAUUUUGUUAAGGAUUCAGUUCCGCACAUAUCAGGUUUCACACAUGGUUCCUCCAGGGAGAAUCAUCUCCUGCUGACUACAAUGGAAUGAAUCAGAUUGUACACUUUAGCAUAGGUAUGUUUAAUAUAUUCAAAUCAAUGGAAUGCGGGUUAAUAUAUAUAGAUAGAAAAUAGAGUUUUAAUCUUUAAAUGUCAUGAUUAGAUUUUAAUUUUGCACUUUUAUGUUUUGUUUUACUUUUUUGUUAUUUGGUCGCCUGCAUUUCUCGUCAGAGAUCAUUUUGUACCUUUUUAAUAUUUGUCUCUGUUUCUCCUGCGUUCAGCUACUUUCCGGUCGCCUACUUACCGAACCUUCCAUUCCCAUUCCACUUGUCACAGAGUUUGUGAAAUGACAAACAGCGCGUGACCGAUGCCUCAUGAGCUGAGAGGUUUUAAGCUUAUUUAAGAGAUCAGAUAACGUGAUUAUCUAGAUAGCAGGACUGGGAUCAGGUCACCAUAGAUUGACUUAUGUCUGUGCGUACAAAAGUAAAAUGGUGAUGAAGGUGAGGGCUUUUGUUCAGUUUUAGAAAAUUAAAUGAGUUUUCUCGGCCAGACACAAACUAGAGUGUAAGGUAUUUUGUUUAAAAUCGACUAAAAGUGAACUCCUGCGCAGUUACGUCACAUAAGUUGUGCCUCUUGGCCUGUGCCACCACCUCCAGAGGUAGAUGCUGAUCACUGAUACUCUUUAUUUUAUUUUAAAUACCUAUGUUCCAGUUGCCAUGUGGAUAAUUCUAAACAAUUGCACAUCCACAGAUAUUUGUAACGACUGAAGUUCUGCACUGUUGACUUAUUAACAGCCGAUGCUUGAGUCCUUUAACAGCCACCAGAGUGUGUUUGAUUCAAAAUGCAUCUCUGUGCCUUCAUCUCCCCGGUCGCUAGGUUCCAGUCCCACUGGUGUGGGCUGGCCUAGUUAUAGUUUAGCACAGAUGGUACAUUGUGAAGUUUUCAAUUUACUGCAUGAAGGUCCGACCCUAAAUAUCUUUAAAAUAUUAGGCGAAAGAAGAAUGCAUUCUGCCAUUAGAAAGAAGAUAUAUCUGUUUAAGUUCUAGAUAACACACACAUUGGAUCACUUGCUUAUAGUUGAUCUGAUUUACAUGAAACACACUAAACCUCAUGAGCCAACAGACAGAGUGAAGGAUGGAAGAGGCACAGAGAAAAGAAAACCGCAGAGUCAAUAAACCAGCAUUAACUUAACUCACCGUGUUCUCCUGCAAUAAACAAACGUCACUCACACACACACACACACACACACACACACACAACCUUCCCAGCAGUCGCUGCUCAAAGCUCAACCUCACGUCUUUUAAGUAUUUGGAUACUUUGAGAGAAAUGAAACUGAAUCGUGCUUCGAGAGGCCAGAAAGCUUAGGUGAAUCCGGGUUCUGUUGUUUUUUGCCUUCAGCUAACCAACCAACUGACAUGCUAACCGGACCACUGAAAUGUAUUACUGCACAGGUCGCCCCUCCUCGCUGUGACGUGUCGUUGCUGGGCUGUGACCUGUAAUGUGAAAUUUAAAACAAGAUAUAUUUAUGGAUAUUAUUCCCUAUUUGAAUACUCUAACUAUGGUGGAUAUGUUAAAAACAUAUUGUUUGUAUGGUUUGUGUAAUUGUUUUUUUUUGUAAUCUGACCUAUACAUAAAGCCAGUGACUGCAAA